AAAUUAAUUCAAUGUUUAACAAAAUUAUUCAAAAAUAUAAUACGAAUGGUCUCAGCCAACAAAACAAAAUAACAGUCGUCAUUUUUUUUCUACAAUAUCAAAACAACAGUUUUUCAAUCAUGUGUAUGUAUAGUCAUAAAAAUAUCUCCGUCCUUGUCAAAAAUACAAUCAGCAACUUUACAGACUUUGAAGCUCCGUACGUGAAAGAUAUAAAACCAUAGCCCAAACAAAACUCAAAGUAAACCAUAGUUAGCUGAAUCCUGAAGAUGAACUCAACAGUAGUCCUAUAUCCAGCACCAGCCAUAGGCCACCUCAUCUCCAUGGUGGAGCUCGGCAAGCUCAUACUCACCUUCAAACCAUCCCUCUCCAUUCACAUCCUCAUCACCACCGCUCCAUACUACUCUGGCGACACUACUUCGUACAUCACCACGGUCUCCGCCACCACUCCUUCCAUCACCUUCCACCACCUCCCAUGCAUCGACCUCCCUCCCUCCAUCUCAACCUCUUCGCUCCACCACGAGAACCUCCUCUUCGAACUCAUCCGCUUCAACAAGCCCACCGUACUCCAAGCUCUCAGCUCCAUCUCGCAAAACAACGUCAUUCACGCUUUCAUCAUCGACUUCUUCUGCGCCGAAACACUCACUGUCUCUACUCAGCUAAAAAUCCCCUGUUUCUUCUUCUUCACCUCGGGGGCGUCUGCCUUAGCUGCCUUUUAUUAUUUGCCGACCCUUCACCGAAAUUCCCAGAAGAGCUUCAAAGAUCUAAAUAUCCUUGUCGAUAUUCCUGGAGUACCACCUAUUCCGUCUUCUGACAUGUGGAAACCGAUUCUCGACCGUCGUGAUAAAGUCUAUGACAGCUUUCUUGCAUGCUCGACUUAUUUCUCUGAAUCUACCGGAAUGAUUGUGAACACGUUUGAGUCACUGGAGCCGAGAGCCAUCAAAGCCAUAUCAGACGGCUUUUGCGUCCCUGAGGGCCGUACUCCUCCCAUCUAUUGUAUUGGCCCGUUGAUUCUUACCAGAGAUCAGGGAAGAGGAGAAGUGCAGUCCGAGUCAAUGAGGUGGCUCGACUCACAACCAAGUCGAAGCGUCGUUUUCCUUUGUUUUGGAAGUCUGGGGUCGUUUACAGUUGAGCAAUUGAGAGACAUAGCCGCUGGGCUGGAGAAGAGCGGGCAGAGGUUCUUGUGGGUGGUGCGCAGUCCGGUCAGCGUGGUCGCUUCAGGUGUGCCCGACCUGGAUUUGGAUUCGUUGUUACCUCACGGAUUCUUGGAUCGGACUAAGGAGAGGGGAAUGGUGGUGAAGAAUUGGGUAGAACAAGUGGAGGUGUUGAAUCAUGAAUCGGUAGGUGGAUUCGUGACUCACUGCGGAUGGAACUCGGUGCUCGAAGCUGUGUGUGCUGGCGUUCCCAUGGUGGCGUGGCCACUCUACGCAGAGCAGAGGUUCAACAGAGUGGUGUUGGUUGAGGAGAUUAAGAUUGUUCUGCCUAUGAAUGGGUCUCCCGAUGGGUUUGUGAGCGCUGAUGAAGUGGAGAAGCGAGUUAAUGAGUUGAUGAACUCAGAAAGGGGUGACUCGGUUCGGAAUAUGGGACUGAGAAUGAAGAAUGAAGCGAAAGCCGCUUUGACAAACGGUGGGUCGUCUCAGGUUGCGUUGACCAAGCUCACAGAGUCAUGGGGCUAGCAGCUUAUGAUUUAUGAAUAAUGAUUAUUACUAUUAUUUACUCGCGAAUAAUGAUUAUUUAAGUCGUCCGUUAGUAGCUGUUAAUAUUAGUUUGUGAAAAACUUUAUUGAAUCCGUUAGGAAGUGAGAAAAAGAUGAAGAAAAAAUAACAACCGCCGAUUUUUAUUCAUCUUAUAUAAGCACGGCAAAAUAGACAGAUUCUCUGUCCAACAAAGAGAAAGAGAUGUCAAUUUUUUUUUCUUUCUAUCUCACUAUCUGGACGGAAACAAAUUUCUUA